AUGGAUGCCGUCUUCAUCAGUGAACUCUUCAUCAUGUCCUAUUUGGACGAGGUACCCAAUGAUGCUAAAUUGUCACAGCCAUGGUUAGAAAAUUCUGUACUUCUAUAUCUACUUUUACUUGAGAGUCAACUUCCAUUCUUUGUUAUUGAAGAGCUGUUCAAUGAAGCUUUGUCCCCUGACCGUUGCGGUGGCCUCCCUUCAUUUCUUGAGCUCACUCUUGCGUGUUUCGAGUAUUACGACAGACAAAAAUUAGAGCCUGAUUCUAUUGUUGGGAUAUAUCAUUUUACAGAUCUCCUUAGAUUAUUUUACUUGAAAAGAAAAACGUCUGAAAGUAAGCCAAAGCCAAAGCAUUUUUCUGAUCUUCUUAGAUGGUUUUGCUUGAAAAGAAAAACGUCUGAAAGGAAGCCAAACCCACAGGUUGAGGAUGUCGUAGAGGAUGGAAAUCAUAUUCUUUCAUACAGUGCGAAUGCAAUGGAAGAAGCAGACGUAACGUUGAAGGAUUGUGAGAGCAAAUGCUUAUUGGACGUGAAAUAUCUUCUUAGAUGGUUUUGCUUGAAAAGAAAAACGUCUGAAAGGAAGCCAAACCCACAGGUUGAAGAUGGAAAUCAUAUUCUUUCAUACAGUGCGAAUGCAUUGAAAGAAGCAGACGUAACGUUGAAGGAUUGUGAGAGCAAAUGCUUAUUGGACGUGAAAUUUUCAGGACAUAUUCUUGAAAUUCCACGUAUUGUGGUGGAUGAUGACGCUGAAUUUUUGUUUCGUAACAUGAUAGCAUUAGAACAACGUCAUUAUCCUGAAGAUGCUUAUAUUACUGAGUAUGCUCUUUUGUUGGAUUGGCUAAUAAACACAGAAAAGGAUGUGGAUCUCCUCCUUCGCUAG